GAGCUGAAUAUGCUAGACUAAUAUCCCUUUGCAAGAAAUCUACUUCCGGAAUAAUAUUUGUACAAAGAUCGUUUGCCGCCAUAGUUUUUCAUACAUUAAAAUAGAAGUGUUUCACAAUCCGAUCCAUCAUGAAGCUCGUGAGGUUUCUCAUGAAGCUUAGUCAUGAAACAGUCACCAUAGAGUUGAAAAAUGGAACACAAGUUACAGGAACAGUUACAGGUGUUGAUGUGAGCAUGAACACACAUUUAAAAGCAGUAAAGCUUACUGUAAAAAAUAAGGAAACACAACAGUUGGAUUCAUUAAGUAUUCGUGGUAACAACAUACGUUAUUAUGUUCUGCCUGAAAGUUUGCCCCUUGACACUCUGCUUAUUGAUGAUGCUCCACGUUCAAAAGCUCGUGGGAAGAGGGAGGGAGGAAAGCCUGCACUAGGUGGUAGAGGAAGAGGAAGAGGUGGGCCUAGAGGACGAGGCAGGGGUGGGCCAAGAGGUGGUGGUGGUGGUGGAGGAGGAGGUGGGGGUGGCCGUGGUGGUGGGCCAAGAGGUGGAAGGAGGUAAAGCAGCUAGAUCAUGUAGAAAACUUCUUCCUGUUAAAAUAUUUCAUUCCCCUUACAUAUGUAAAUAGUUCAUGGGGAUCAAACAGAAUGUUUGUAUAGUAUUUUUUUUUAGUUAUUGUGCUUAAUUGUAUUUCUUGUACACUGUAAUUGGUGAAGAAAUUUUUUUAUCUUAAAUGUUUUGUUUUAGUGCACAGUACUUGCACUCUUCAUUUUAACACAUUCUGACUUUUAAUUUCAUUCUUAAAUACAUGUUUGAGAUGCAUGAACGUUGAAUGAAUGAUUAUGGUACAUUGUGACUUUUUUAAAGGAAAUUUCCAGUGUUGUUUAAAUAAAAUGUUGGAAUUGAA